CGUGCUUCUUUUUUUUUUAAACUUGUUUGGACAGGACUUUACGUAAACAAUUUUUCUAUUUACGAAAUCUUCGGGAACCUACGAGAUAAUUCAAACGAUUCGACUAUCGAUCCGGUAAAUUAUUUUGCUUUCGAGCGCACGCAGCCACGCAGGCACGCCUGGCACGCACAUGCCAUGCGAUCAUUGCGAUCCUGCGAUCUGCGUCGUCUGUCACAUUGUCGUGGCAUCUUUCAAGCUUUCAACAGCAUUAGCACGAGAAAUUGUUUCUUCCCUGAGUUUGGCUCUUCUACAGUUCUAAAUAAUGACCACGUUGCACACCGACAAGAUGGAUGAAAAUGUGACGCCAAAGCGGCCAGAGACGCCAGAAUCGCUAGAGACACCAGAGUCGCCAGAGACAGAAGCACAGGACGUUUCUAUUCAGGAAUCUAAUUGCAGUGAGAAUUCCAAGGAUCUUUCAAUGGAAUCUCCUCUGGAGGAUGAACAGUGGUUAGAUAUACUUGGCAACGGUCAGCUGAAGAAGAGAGUUGUAAAGAAGGGCGAGCAAAAUGUAAAGCCACAGAGAGGCGAUAUAUGUACAGUAACGAUUAUGGGUGUACUUGACAGUGGUAAAGUGGUGGAAGAACAUGUAGAUAAGCAGAUACAAACAGGAGACAUGGAAGUGGUACAGGGAUUAGAUCUAACGAUUGUAUUGAUGGAACUGGGUGAAAUUGCUGUAGUUGUAGUCGAUCCUAGAUUUGCGUAUGGCACACGUGGAACAGCAUCUAUACCAUCUAACGCUACUAUUACAUACACGGUUGAAUUGAAGGAAAUAAAAGAGGAGCCUGAGAUAGAAACUCUAAGCAUUAAUCAAAGGAGAGAAAUAGGCAACAAGAAACGGGAACGUGGAAACUGGUUUUUUAUGCGAAAAGACGUUAAUCACGCGAUACUAUGUUAUCGGAGAGCGUUACAAUAUCUACUCAUAGACGAUGAUACAAGAUGGAAUAAAAAUGAAGAAACAGAGACGGUUAGCGAUACUGAACUGCAAGCUCUGUUAGAUGAUUGUGUAAAGGUGUAUAACAAUUUAGCAGCUGCACUAAUUGAAACUGAUGCCUACCACUCAGCUUUAGAUAAUGUAAACAAAGUUCUAAAGUAUCAACCAAACAAUACGAAAGCUCUGUACAGAAAAGGAAAAAUAUUCAAAAUCCAAGGACACUAUGGAAAGGCUUAUCUAACUUUUCUUGAAGCACUAAAGAUAAAUCCAGAAUUGUGGUCGGUAAAGUUAGAAUUGGCGAGUUUAAAAGAAAAAAUGGCAAAACAGAAUGAGAAAGAAAAGUCUCUAUAUGCUAAAAUGUUAGGUAUAAAUAAAGAAUCUGAUAAGCCGUCAAAGGAUGUAAAGGUAGAAGAUAAAAGUAAAAUUGCUAAAGGAAUACUAUGGACUCUGCUUGGAGCAUCUGCUGUUGUCGUUGGCAUGCUUGUACACAGAUUUGCAUCGUGAGAAAGAAAAAAAAAGGAAUAGAAAAGGCAAACCAGCUAAGAAGGUACAUUGUUGAAUAAAAAAUAUAAUAGGAAAAUAAUCCAAGAGGGGAAUUCUUAACUUUUAAUUGGCUUAACUGACCGGAAGUUCAGCUGUAUAUAAAAUCUACAUCUGUAUAAAUAAAAUAGUAACAAUUGAAUUUAAAAACUAAUCUCAAGUGCUUAAUAAU